AUGUCAUCUCUUCCAGCCAUCGAUGCUCCGGAUCACAUCCUUGAACUCCUGUCCGAGCUUCACCAGAAAUCCCUGGAACAGGAAGCGGCCAUUUCUAGAAGUGGGAAGAAAGUUUUCUCUUCCGAGGUCAUUGGCGACCUCGAAGAUCAACACGUUCAUGCAAAUGUUGCGAGCGAAUUCGACAAGCUCAUGCUCGAUAAAUUCAUUGCUUUGGACGAAGACAAAUGCCAGUUUACGUACCAACUCAUCAAUGCGAUGGGAGCUACCAACAUUGUCGAAGCCGGAACUAGUUUCGGCGUCAGCACCAUCUAUCUUGCUCUUGCUGUUGGUAAAACAAAAGCCGCCACAGGAAAGACUGGGACUAUCAUCGCGACCGAAAAGGAGACGCAAAAGGCAGAAAUUGCGCGCAAGUACUGGGCACGCUGCGGCCCGACAGUCGAACAAGAGAUUGACUUGAGAGUGGGCAAUCUGCUUGAAACCCUGAAGGAAGGGUUGCCGCAGGUUGACCUUUUGCUCCUUGACAUCUGGUCGGCCCUCGCUCUCCCGACACUCAAGGUCGUCCUGCCCCGCCUGCGAUACGGUGCAGUCAUCCUGACAGACAAUACGAUAUCUGGCGCUGAAGGAUACAAGGACCUACUGGCAUAUCUGCGAGAGCCGAGGAAUGGGUUUCGCAAUCUGACCCUCCCCUAUACCAACGGGUUUGAGAUGAGUGUUUAUCUGCCCGUAGCGGAAUGA